GUUUUCAUUCAAUAGGUACAAUAGAUCUUUUACUUACACGGAGUAAAUUUGUGUUUAUUAAUAAUUUAAAAGAAAAACAUAUUACAUUCCAAAAAUCAUGGUUGUCUUCAAUGCUCGGGGAUUGAUGCCGCCGGUUUUCACUCCCUUAAAUGACGAUCUAAGCAUCAACUAUAAUGUUAUUCCAGCAUACGCUAAAUAUUUAGCUGACAAUGGAAUUAAGUCCGUACUCGUGGGAGGCACGACCGGGGAGAAUAUGUGCUUCUCCGUAGCGGAUAGGAAGAAGGUGGCAGACGCAUGGGUAAAAACUGGCAAAACCUGCGGGCUUCACAUAAUGGUUCAAGUAGGAGGAGCUCCGUUUUCCGACGUUUUGGAAUUGGCGGAAUACUGUUCGAAAAUAGGAGUAGAUUCACUGCUUACUCUACCAGAACUUUACUUCAAGCCUCAAUCGGUUUCAGAGUUGGUUAGCUACGUGAAGUUAGUAGCUAACCGUGCACCCAACUUACCUGUGUUGUAUUACCACAUACCUAGCAUGAGUAAAGUUGAAUUAAACAUGCCAUCAUUCAUCAUCGAAGCCACACAAAGCAUACCAAACUUUAAGGGCAUAAAAUUCACAUCAAACGAUUUAAGCGAGUGCGCCCAAGUUCUUCGAGCUCUUAAGGAGGACCAGGAGGUGUUCCUUGGCGCUGAUACAUUACUGGCUCCCGCAGCCCUGUUAGGCGUAAAAUCCAGUAUAGGAACAACAUUCAACUUGUUCCCGCGUCUGGCUCAAGAUAUAUUGGUUGCUGUGGAAGAAAACAACGUUGCGCAAGCUAGAAACCUUCAAAAUAAAUUGAGUUUGGCUGCAGAGGCUCAUACCAUCGAAGGUGCUUGGGUCCCGAUAAUGAAAGCCGGUAUGGAGAUUGUGAGUGGUAUCAAGAUGGGGCCUCCUGCCUUGCCCCAGUUACCGAUCUCCGAUGAAGCCAAGAAGAGGAUUGCGGCAAGACUGAAAACUUUGCAACUGAUUAAUUGAGAUAAUCCUAACAAAAUGCAGAACUAUUUUUGUCCAAAAUUAAUGAUUUAUGUUUGCUUUUCUUAACUUAUAAUAAAAA